GCUCAAUUGUGUGUGUGUGUGUGUCGCGUUCUUAUUUUUUCACGAUUUGUCUCUUUUCUGCUUCGUCAUGUAUAUCAAGCAGAUUAUAAUCCAAGGAUUCAAGUCCUAUAAGGAUCAGACAACUAUUGACCCUUUUAGUCCCAAACACAAUGUCAUUGUGGGAAGAAAUGGUACAGGAAAGAGUAACUUCUUUGCAGCCAUUCGAUUCGUUCUUGGUGAUGCCUACCAGAAUCUAGGAAAGGAAGAUAGACAAGCACUUCUUCAUGAAGGAUCUGGAGCAGCCACUAUUUCUGCCUUUGUGGAGAUCAUAUUUGACAAUGUGGAUGGUCGAUUUCCGACCGGGAAAGAAGAGGUGGUGUUGCGUAGAAGUAUUGGCUUGACAUUAGAUGAAUAUUCUUUGGAUCGCAAGAGUGUAACAAAGUCAGAUGUUAUGAGUUUGUUAGAAAGUGCUGGAUUCUCUCGGGCCAACCCUUAUUAUAUUGUACCUCAAGGAAGAGUUACUUCCCUGACUGUAGCCAAGGAUGAGGAUCGCCUGAAACUUCUUAAGGAUAUUGCUGGUACAAGAGUGUACGAGCAAAAGCGCAAUGAAAGUACAAAAAUCAUGGAAGACACAGAUGCCAAGCGUGUAAAGAUUACAGAAGUACUCGAAUACAUUCAAGAUCGUUUAGCUGAACUUGAAGAAGAAAAGGAAGAAUUGUCACAGUAUCAGACUUUAGAUAGAGAGCGACGAUCAUUGGAAUACACCAUCUAUGCUAGAGAGCAAUCUGACGCAAAUGAUAAAUUGGAAGAGAUGGAUAGUAACCGACGACGAGAAUUGCUGAACCAUGAAACAUGUCGUGAAGAAUAUGUUGAUAAUGAGAAUGCGCUCAAUGAAAAAACCGAUACCCAACUCAAGAGUAUUGAAACCGAAAUUAUAGAAAAGACCCAAGGUGUUACAGAAUUGACGCCUCGUUAUAAUGAAAUUCAGGAGACGGAUAAGCAGAUGCGACAACAACUGAGAAUGCUUCAAAUGGAGCAGCAGAAUCUUCAUGCUAAACAAGCCCGUCUUUCCCGCUUUGCUACAAAGGCCGAACGAGAUUUGUGGCUCCAGAAUCAAAUUAAGGAUCUUUCCUCCAACUUGACAAUCCGCAACAAUCAGCUUCAAAUUCUUGAACAAGAAAAGGCCGAGGCCAACAUUGGUCUGAUUGCCAAGGUCAACGCUCUUGAGCAAGUCAAGAAGGAUCUAGCCUUUCGCCAGUCUACACAUCAACAAGUGGCCGAACGCGAGACAAAACUCAAACAGAAGCGUGAUGAAGCUACUGAAAAGAGAAAAACUUUGUGGCGUGAGGAGGCUAAACUGGAUUCUGUUCUUCACAAUUGCAAUGAAGAAAUUCGUAAGGCUGAGCGUACCUUGGCCGGUUCGAUCGACAAAAACACUACUAGUGGGCUUGCUGCUGUGACCAGAAUUGCAAAAGACCAACAUCUCACUGGUGUGUAUGGACCUUUAUUUGAACUUCUUGAAGUCGAUCCUCGGUUCAGAACUGCUGUAGAAGUUGCAUCUGGAGCAAGCCUUUUCCAUGUAGUAGUUGAUACUGACCAGACUGCCACAAAACUGUUGGAGACCAUGAACAAAGAACGCUCAGGUCGUGUCACCUUCAUUCCUCUCAACCGAAUUAAGACGCGCGAAACCAAUUACCCAGUUGCCAGUGAUGCCAUUCCUCUUUUGAGUAAACUGCAGUUUGAUGCCAAAUAUCAAAAGGCUUUUGAACAGUUAUUUGGUGGAAUUAUCGCUUGUCCUAAUCUAGAAGUGGCCGCAAGUUAUGCCAAAUCUCACAACCUUACGGUCGUGACCCUAGAUGGUGACCGUGUGGACGGACGCGGAGCCCUGUCGGGUGGUUAUAUUGAUAACCGCUACUCACGUCUUGAGGCUGCAAAGAACUUAAAGACUUGGCAGGCUAAGCUCGAGGAAGAAAAGGCUAGGGGUGUGCAAAUCAAGGAAGAAAUUGCUAGACUAGACCAACAAGUGACUCAAGUUCUGGGCCAGUUGCAAUCGGUGGUUGCAGAGAAGAAGAAGAUGCAGGUCCAGGAAAAUACUCUCAAUUACGAGACAAGACUGCGUAAAGAAGAAGAGAUCUUUAAGGAUCUUGUGGCUUCUAAGGAAAAAUCUUUGGAGAGCAUCAGUGAGAAUGCUAGAAUCCUUGAGCAGCAGUUGGCAGCUUAUGAGAAUGAACUCAACUCCGAGCCUAUGCAGGCCCUGUCAGGAGAGGAGCAGACGCGAUUGAUAUAUAUCAACACUACAAUUGAGCAGAUCAAACAAAGGAUGUUGAUGCUCUCGGCAAACAAAUCAGAGAUCGUGGGCCAGAUUAAUGCACUAAAUGAUUGCUUAAAUAAUGACCUUAAGCGUCGACGUGACGAGUUAUUGAGCCGGAGGGACAGAGCUAUUGCAACUAGUAGUGUUGAAGAGCUUGCACGGAAAAAGAAAGAACACAAGGUGCUUCUCCGAAAGCUCGGAAAACUCACAAAGACCAUUGAAGAAUUGGAUUUGGAAACCGAUAAGCAACAAGAAGGCCUUGAAAGAGCGCACCAGUCUAUCCUUCAACUUCGGGCGGCACAAGUUGAUGUGUCUCAACAGAUUACCCGUCAUGAGAAAAACUUGGAAAGAUACCUCCUUCGACGUUCAUUGCUUCUUCAGAAGAAGGAAGAAUGUAAUUCCAACAUCCGUGAUCUUGGUGUUCUUCCAGAAGAGGCAUUCGAAAAGUACGCCAAUCUUAGUGUAGAAAAGUUGUUGAAACGUCUCCACCGUGCGAACGAGUCUUUACAAAAGUACAGUCAUGUCAACAAAAAGGCAUUUGAGCAAUACGGUCGAUUCACAAAGCAGCGCGACCAGUUGACGACGCGAAAGGCCGAAUUGGACAAGUCUGCAGAGGCUAUCCGUGCAUUGAUUGAUUCCUUGGACCGAAGGAAGGAUGAGGUGAUCGAGCGCACUUUUAAGGCGGUCGCCACUAACUUUUCUAGAGUGUUUGAGACCCUCGUCCCUGCAGGCCAUGGUGAGCUUGUAAUCAAACACAAGUCAAACAGCACCGAAGAUGCCAUGGACUUGGACGGUGAUGAUAGUCGUGGCCCAACAGAGGCCCUGGACCGUUACAGUGGUGUUUCUAUCAAGGUUUCAUUUAAUGGAAAGACAGACGAAGGAAUGAUAAUGCAACAAUUGUCUGGAGGUCAAAAAUCGCUGGUUGCCCUGGCAUUGAUCUUUGCUAUCCAGAAAUGCGACCCAGCACCAUUUUACCUAUUUGAUGAAAUCGAUGCCAAUUUGGAUGUUCAAUACCGAACUGCGGUUGCUGAGAUGAUACACACUAUGUCUGAGAAUGCUCAGUUUAUCACAACCACUUUCCGCCCAGAGUUGUUGGCCAAUGCAGACAAAUUCUAUGGUGUGACCUUCCAGGGCAAGGUAUCAAGAAUCCACGCAAUUUCCAAAGAGAGUGCGCUUGGAUUUGUAGCACAGAAUACACGUGUACGACCUUUAUUCAGGAGCGAACUCAGUAAAUAA